AUGGAGCGAUUCAAUCGAAUGCUUGCUGCCGCACAAGGCAUGGGACUCGGUCACCAAGGAGCCCCCGGCGGAGACACGAAUCUCGUCGAUAACUCAGAGACUGUUUACAUUUCUUCCCUCGCUCUACUAAAGAUGCUGCGGCAUGGCCGCGCUGGUGUACCUAUGGAAGUCAUGGGCUUAAUGCUUGGGGAAUUUGUCGAUGAUUUUACAGUCCGCGUCGUCGAUGUUUUUGCGAUGCCCCAAUCAGGAACCUCUGUCAGCGUCGAAUCUGUCGAUCCGGUAUUUCAGACAAAGAUGAUGGACAUGCUUCGGCAAACCGGUAGACCAGAAACUGUUGUCGGCUGGUAUCAUUCUCAUCCUGGUUUUGGCUGUUGGCUUUCAAGCGUCGAUAUCAACACCCAACAAUCGUUCGAACAACUCACCCCUCGAGCCGUGGCUGUUGUCGUCGAUCCCAUUCAAUCGGUCAAAGGCAAAGUCGUGAUUGACGCGUUCCGACUCAUCAACCCUCAAACGAUGAUGUUGGGCCAGGAACCUCGUCAGACUACAUCCAACCUUGGUCACCUGAACAAGCCGUCUAUACAAGCUCUGAUUCACGGUCUGAACAGACAUUACUACAGCAUCGGCAUUCAAUAUCGCAAAACGGGCUUGGAGGAAAACAUGUUGAUGAACCUACACAAAGAAGUUUGGACUGAAGGGCUUGAAUUACCACACAGUUUUGAGGGUGAGCGCAAGCGCAACGAAGAAGGCCUGCAACAACUCGUCCACCUCGCCGAAGGCUACGAGCGCAGGGUCCGAGAAGAAAACGAAUUGACUGCUGAGCAACUCAGGACCCGGUAUGUGGGCAAAGUCGACCCGAAGAAGCAUAUCGAGGACGUUGGGCAGCGGUUGAUUGAAGACAACAUCGUCGCGGUCUCGAGACAAAUGAUUGAUAAGGAGGCUAGUGUGGCAAAGAAGGCACAGCAGACAAAUGGACAUGGGCAUCAGAAUGGCGAGGAUGGCGAGAAUGGCUUGAUGGAUGUGGAUGAGGAGCUAUGA